AUGAUCUCCUUAAAGGCGGCCAUCCUGUUGGAGUGGGUGCGACUCUUCGUGCCGGGAAAGAACCGCAAUGUGUUCUACUUGACUUGCUAUACCGUGGCAGCACUCAAUACGAUAUACUAUACGAUCAACAUCAUCGUGGAGAACGUUUCAUGUACGCCAAAGGCGUAUUGGUGGGAUAAGACUCUGACGGGCCACUGUCUAGAUGGUACCCUUUUGGCUCUGACCUCAGCUACCUUCAACCUCGUUUUCGACAUCAUCAUCUUGAUCCUUCCGCAAAAGGUCAUCUGGCGGUUCAACAUGUCCACCACCCGAAGACUUGGCGUCUCCCUUGUCUUCAUUAUCGGUCUCCUGGCCAUCGCCCUAGCAGCUGUCCGACUAGCCGCCGCUGUGGCAUACAUCCAAGGAACAGACUUCACCUACAAUCUCGCCCCGCAAGCACUGCUUCAGGCAGCUGAGAUGACUGCCGGUAUCCUGGUCUUCACCAUACCAGCCACGCCCAAGCCUCUGGCUUGCGUCGCGCACCAGGCCACGUCUUCUUUGGAAAAACUCAUGGGAUCCAGAGGCAGUGGUGGUAGCACGCGUUUCAUCACGAGCCGCAAGAAGUCGAAGACGAGCUUUGAACAACCGAUUGAGGAACAAGGUCUGGUGAAACUUGCGAGGCUCAAGUCUGCAAAAAGCAGAGACUCUGUCGGAGUCAAACCGCAGCACGGACGCGAUGCUGAUGCCGAAGCGGCGAUCACCCGCACGACGCAUUUCAAGGCAUCUCAGGUCUUCGUCAAAGACAAUCGGACGGAAGGCUUUGAUAAACAGCAUCCAUGGAACAAUAAGCCCAACUAG